UUCAUUAAGCUUUUCUGUACAUGACUGAAAUACAUUUUGUCUUAAGUGUCUUUAAUUAAUUAGUAUCGCAGGACAAAUUUGCUUAUAGCUCGUAUAUAAACUAGCUCUGGUUUGAUUCUUUGUUCUGUUUUGUGCCUUCAUCCCUGACCUGCUCAUGUUUCGCCCUGCGGAGGCUUCUUGAGCGCCAGCCGGAUUUAAAUCUAGACCUAUCUUAUUUCAGCUUUUAAAAAGCCCUUAUUGUCCUCGACGUUGAUAUUCAUCACUUCGGCUGAACAGAACGGCUCUUGUGGAAGGCUGCGCUUAAGGAUUACUGCGUGCUUUGCUUAUUAACACACCUGAUGAUGAUGAUGAUGAUGAGGAGUCGGUGCUGGGCUGGGCCUGUGGCUCUGCGACUCCCGUGGAGGAGGGACAGAUUAAAUCAGCAUCGGCUGGACAGAGACAUUCUGAGAUGUCCAGAGCGAGGAAGCAACCAGAACUGACGAUGGUACUUCUAACCACUAAGAUUGUACAAAGAGCGUCGCUCUUUGUGGCUUUCGGAGGCCUUGUCACGACCUUCAUCACCACCUUUUUGCCGCUAUGGAAGACAAUGAACUCGGAACUGAACGAGAUGGAGAAUUGGUACGAAGGUCUGUGGCAUACUUGCAUCUUCACAGAGGAAGUGGGUCUCCAUUGCAAAGCCUUUGAGUCUCUUCUCGCUCUGCCUCCUGUCACUCUUGCCUCCAGGAUCCUCAUGUGUAUAUCAAUUACGACCGGGUUCCUCGGUGUGCUGGCGGCAUUUUUUGGACUCGAUGGUGUUGAGAUCGGGGCCGGCCGUAACAGGUUAAAGAGGGGACUCCUCAUCCUCGGCGGUGUGCUCAUCAUGGUGUCGGGAAUCACAACGCUGGCACCAGUUUCUCUGAUCGCCUACGUGAUGGUGGUGGAGUUCUGGGAUGAGGGUCUUCCGGACGUGAUGCCACGCUGGGAGUACGGGGAGGCCAUGUUCUCCGCCUGGUUCUCAGGACUUCUGCUGGUCAUCGGAGGAUCGUUUCUUUUUGUUGCAGUGUGUAUGAGAGAGCAUGAAGCCAAGCAGCAAAGGGAGAUCUUUACUCAAUUUAUAACCUUCAACCAAGGAUGCAGCACUACCUAAAAACAGAGGUCUUAUAGAUUUUUGUUUUUUUAUUCUUGCACCAUACAGUAUGACAGAAUGAAGGAUUCACGAUCGAAUGGUAGAAACACG